AUUAAAUAUUUACUUUCAGGUCAAUUGUGUAGUUAAAACAGAACAUAAAUCGAAAUGGCGUCCCGUUUUCUUGUAUUUGUAUUCAUCCAAGGAAUUCUUCUCCAGAACGUCUACUCCCAAUGUGUCAACCGUGUUCUGCCAUCUUGCGGACCGAACGUCUUAGAAAAUAUCCUGCCGAACCAGGUCCUCUACAGAGAACCGGGUAUACCCAUUCUACCUUCUCCCUGUCAAGGAUCAAUCCUCCCCGCUCCCAUCUACCAAAGCCCCAUGAUAUCUGAUGUGGGAUACGCACCAACCAUCAUACAAGACAGUAGCGUGGCUAACAGUCUUGCUAAUGCCUUACAGUUGCUGGUAGUCAGCAAUUUACUCAGCACUACUCUGCCUGGCCCAUGCGACAUGCCUGCAUACCCCUACGAAGUUAUGGGCAUGCCUGCAUAUAACUACGUUUACUUUCUCUUAUCCCCCUGGACCAAAAUGGCGGCGAAAUUACUUUUAGUUAUUUUAACGGAAUUCUUAAUUUCAAAGGUAUCCUCGACCUAUCAGCAACCAUAUACAGCAAGUCGUUACGUCAUGCAAGAUUCAAGGUCACAAAGUUUAUAUACACCAAACUACCAAUCAUAUUAUCCAAGCUAUGCCUCAAAAGUCAUUCAACCAACGUAUCAGAGGUCUGCGGAAGUUAUGACACCAUUAAAACGACCUUCAGAAUAUAGUCAAAAAACUUACCGGAACGCAGCGGAGCUUUCAUCGCAGGCUGUCCAAAGACCUGUAGAACUACGACCACCGAUCUAUCCAAAGACAUUACUUAAUCCAACGAUUCAGUCAGCUAUGGAAUUUCGACCACAAACAUACCAGAAAGCAGUUGAGUUUUUCUCACCAGCUGCUCAGAAAUCGGUAGAACUUCAACCCAUAUAUCAGAGAGCUGCAGAUUCAGUCAUUCCAACUGCUCAGACACCUAUAAAGUACCACCAGCCAGCCUACCAGAAAGCAGAUGAGCUUUUAUCAUUAUCAACCCUUCCGAUGGAAUUCCGUAAAGCUUAUCAACAUACACAAGAACUUAUGUCACCGAUAAUUCAAACUGCAACAGAAUAUUAUCAGCCUGCCUAUCAGAAAUUGGGAGAAAUUGUAGCAAGUCAGAACCCUACAGAAUACAAGCAUACUACAUGCGACUUAACUGCUCCUAAUCUACAAUCGACACAAAUUCCUGUAUCAACUUCAUUAGCAAUCGAAUCCUUAAAGGCCUUAACUUUACCAAAAUCUGAGUGUCCUUUAUUAACUUCACAAGCAAUUGAAUCCAUAAAAGAUUUAGGCUUUACAGAAUCUGAGUGCUCACCAAGGUCAUCGGCAGAUACUUUAGACGCUAAUGUUUUAAAUAACUUAGCUAUAGCACUACAGUUGUUAAUUGUUAAUAAUAUUAUUAAUCAUCCUAGAGAAUCAUUAGUUUCUAAAUCCAAGGUAUCUGAUUCUCUUCUAGACUUUGUUAAUACUCCAGAAUCGCCAGUAAGUAACUCUUAUAGUUUGGCCAGUCAAAGCCCUUGUCCAAUGCUUAAUGCAAAUUUUUUAGGGUCCUCAAACUAUGGAGACGGUAGUAUAAUGUCAAAAAGUAUGCAAGGAUUAGGUUCAAUUGGUUCCGGAUUUCCUUUACCAAGACCUGGUUUAAAUUUAUUGUCUCCAUAUGAUGCUAUAGCAGCUUAUUCAUCUUCUUCAUCGCCAUUUUCUGAAUCUACGCCAUCAUUGUUUUCGCUAAAAAACAAUUUUCAAAGUCCAUAUGCUGCUAUAAUGGCUGCCGACAGUAACAAAGAUUUAUUUUCGAUGUCCGAUUUAUUUUAACUAAAUGAUUAACUUGCAUAAUGAUCUCUAGUCGUAGCAUUAAUUCGUUGAUAAUGUAAAUAAAAAUAUUUUUAUGUUAA